UUAGAUAUUAUAUAAAUAAGAAUAUACAUAUAUAUUGUUAAAUUUAUAUAGGUACUCAGUCAUUUUUGCUUAAGAUGUGCUGAGUAUCGCUGUUUCUUAGAACAUGCAAUUUAAAAAAAAAUGUUAAUAAAUUCGAUAUCAUAUCCCAUUGUAUACAGUUUUUUCGAUUACGAAAUUAUAGAAUCUCGUUUACUUUUAGGUAAUGUCAUUGCUUCUCAUGAUAAUUCCGUUUGCAUUGAACGAUGCUGGAAUCAUGCACUGUCUGGCUGUUGCCCCAACACUCAUCAUGUCUGUUAUGUUUAUAGUACUCUAUUUAGUGGACCAAGUGCAUAACUUGGCUGAACAACUUUACUUAUUCAUACAAAUAUUUUUGAAUAUUGCCGCUUUUCUCCUAGUACUUUUGCAAACGGAACCCUCAGGAGGAUUGUAUGGACUAUUUUAUUGCCACCUCCUAAUAGCUCUUUGUAUAGACCAAUACUAUGUUAUUAAAGAAAGAGGAUUCAUAUUAUUUGGUGACAAUGAUGAUGACUGAUUUUAUUUAAUAAAUUAAUUUACGUACAUGCUAUUAUUUUAUUGUUCUAAUAUAGUUGUCCAAGUAAUGGAUAGGUAUUUAGGUAGUUGCACUCCUUCUGAAUAUAAUUCCUCAUAUUGUGGAGCCGGUGGAUAUUUGGCAAUGUUUGGUCGCUGGUCCGACCCUUAUGCUGUCCACAUAUUUAAUGGUGCUAUAUGUCGUUGAUCAGGUUCAAUAUGAAGCUGAAUUUUAUUUCAUCAUUAUAGAACUUAUUUUGACAAUAAUAGCAUUUAUAAAUCUUUUCAUUAGUGGUAAAAUUGUUGGAGCAAUUUAUGGACUGUUUUAUUUAGAUUUGAUAAUAGCAUUUUGUAUGGAUGGUUAUUAUAUGUACAAAGAGAGAGGACUGACUCUAUGAUGGCUAUUAAAAUAAUAAUGUUGAGCGGCUUAUCUUUUAUUUUUAAUAAUUAUUUGUAAUAUGUUAUUUCUAACAGAAACAAAACUCUAUCAUAACUUCCUGUGAUAAAUAGUGAUGUGAUAUGUUUAAUAAUGUGGACAAUAUAAUAUAAAUUUAUAUGUGGAUAAAUAUAAAGUGUAAAUUAAAAAAAGUUGUAAUGACAAAAAUGUGCUGUGUUUUCAAAAUUUGGAUUAAAAUAUUGAAAAGGAUAUCUAGACUGACAUUGAAUGAAGUUGCAUGGAUCAGCUUGACAUCAUUGUCAAUAUUACUCAUCUGGACUUGGAUUAAUGGAGAAACUAAGGUAAUUAAAUAUGGUGAUAAUCCAGUGAUAAUGUGGUGGACUUCAGGAUUUCCAGGAACCUCGGAAACCAUACAUUGUCCAAACAACUUAAAGUGUGAUUUUAUAAAAGAUAAAAAUUAUAAUGAUGUUUUAAAUGUCAAUGCGUAUUUGUUUUACGCAAGUAACAUAAAAUUUGAUGAUUUACCAUUACCAAGGAAUCCAAAUAAAAUUUUAUGGGGCCUGUAUCAUGAGGAAUCACCUAGAAAUGUUGAAGAGUUGUUGCAUGAAAAAACCCUAAGUCUAUUCAAUUAUUCUGCAACAUUUAGCCGAUACAGCGACAUUCCAUUUCCUUUGCAGUAUUUAGAAUCUUUACACGAUAUAACGAGUACAAAAUAUUUUAAACCAACAAAAGUUAAAACAAAGUUGUUAAACGAAAUAUCGCCUAUAUUAUAUCUUCAAUCCGACUGCGAAACGGCAACAGAAAGAGACACCUACGUAAAGGAACUAAUGAAGUUUAUUGAGAUUGACUCAUAUGGAAUCUGCCUGAAUAAUAAAGAAAUGCCGAUGAAAUUCCAAGAAGAUUACUUAAAUAAUUUGAAUGAUGACGAUUUCCUUAAUUACAUUUCAAGGUACAAAUUUGUACUGGCCAUAGAAAACGGUGUAUGCGAGGAUUACGUAACGGAGAAGUUUUGGCGGGCUAUUAAAAUUGGUACCGUGCCUAUUUAUUUCGGUUCAACGACAAUAAAAGACUGGUUACCAAACAACAAAUCUGCUAUUUUAUUAGAGGAUUUUCCAACACCGAAAAGGAUGAGUGAUCAUCUAAAGAAACUUUUAAAUAAUGAUAGUUUAUACGAAGAAUAUUUAACACAUAAGACGAAAGAAGAAAUAACAAAUAAAAGACUGAUAGAUGAAUUUAAAACGAGACAAUACCAAAAAGAUGCUUUAGAAGUAGCUUUAAAGUUUGAAUGUUUUAUCUGUGGAAAACUUCAUAACAAUAAUUUAGGGACGCAAGUAAAGCGGGUUGUGAGUAAAAAACAUUAUAACUGUCCUAAACCAAUCUCCGCAUUGACAUUGCAAGUGAAUCCUUCUAAUGAUUGGGUUUAUUCUUGGGAAAUGGCGAAGAAAAAAGCAGAUGAUAUUUACGAAAAAGUUAUUAAUUUUAAAUGAAAUUCGACAUCAUUUUGUUAUUCCAUAGAAAUAUAUAUUUUAUAUUUGAAUAUAUUUUUUAUACCAUU